AUGUCUCUGCUGCACUGCUCCUUUCUCCCUUUAACAAUGCAAAUAUCCAUGAUCUGGGCUCAAGGCGGUCCCUCGCCGGAACUACAUCCGAUAUCGCCCUCCCAUCGUGAGGAUAACACCAUCAUCUCCAACCCCACCAGCAUAGAGCGGCCUGAUACUUCAACCGGCGCCCUUCUUGAUGCCGUUAAGGACGCUCGGCAGAUAGUUCGUUUAAUCCAGUGCCAGACAUGUCACAAGAUCCUACAGAACCCCAUAACACUACCAUGUGGUCAUAGUAUCUGUAGGACUUGCCUUCCUGAAACCCGGCCGCGGGCCAAUAUCUCCUAUCCAGCAACAGAGAGCCGGCUCCAUGGUUUUGAUUGUCCAUUUACAGACUGUGGCAAGGAACACGCCGCUGCUGAUUGUGCUCUUGAUGUUACGCUGAAUAAAGUCCUCGCCACCGUCACAGCAACCGUCGCGACGUAUCGGUCUGCUACUCAGCUACCUGAGUGUUCUAUCCACAUUACCGUCUGUGAUCAGUGGAAUGUCGCUGGAAUACCCUCGCUGGAGGACAAGCAGCCCGAGUCGAGGGUUUUGAGCGGCGGCCGAAUCAUUGCAGCAUACACAUUGGCAGAGCUUGGCAAGCUGGAUUACAGCAAUGAAGUGUCAUAUUCACCCGUGGGCGCUAAAGGCGACGAGACAAAUCUACAUGACGCUGAAUUCUUCCUAAAUAUGAAGGAGGUGGUGAAGGCCGAGAUGGACUGUCAGGUUUGCUAUGCUCUCUUCCUGGACCCGAUGACCACGACAUGCGGGCACACAUAUUGCCGGACAUGCAUCCACCGAAUUUUGGACCACUCAAAUUUAUGUCCGAUAUGUAGACGCGCCAUUUCCAUCCACGCUCCAGCCAGCCCACGCACUGCCCCCUCGAAUAGACGCCUUGUAUCAAUGAUCAAUGGCUUCUGGGCGGACCUCGUCGCACUUCGGAUUCAAGCCUAUAGGCUGGAGCAGCAAGCGAACCAUGAAGGGUUCGACGUUCCUAUUUUCGUCUGCACACUCUCAUUCCCAUUCAUGCCGCUUUUUCUCCACGUAUUUGAGCCACGAUAUAGGCUUAUGAUCCGGCGAGCCGUUGAAGGUGACCGGACGUUUGGCAUGGUGCUGGGAAGGUCUGGGGAACCUGGCUUUACGGAGCUUGGUGUUCUUUUGCGAAUAGUGAACAUUGAGUUCUUCCCCGAUGGCCGUUGUCUACUGGAGACAGUGGGUGUUUCAAGAUUCAGAAUUGCACGACACGGUUUUUUGGAUGGCUAUGUCGUUGCCAGCAUUGAGAAAGUUGAUGAUAUCAGCUUAGCCGAGGAAGAAACGCUCGAAGCAUCUGAACUCAGCCGCGAAGAUGACAUUACCGUUCUGGAAUUUCGUCACCCAGAAUUAGAACGGUCAGAAACGGAACCCUCUUCGACAGAUCAGACCCCUUCUAACCCUCUUCGAGAAGUUGACCCGGACAUAAUGUCGACUAGGGAUUUGGUAAACUUUGGUGCCGAGUUUGUGAGGAGAAUGCAGGGUGAGAGUGUACACUGGUUAACGGCUCGGAUUCUGGCUAUAUAUGGCGAAUGUCCGGACGAUCCUGCUGUCUUCCCCUGGUGGUUCGCAUGUGUUUUCCCUGUGAGCGAUGCAGAAAAGUACAGACUAUUAGGAACUUCAAGCGUACGCGAGCGCCUCAAAAUCUCUUACCGAUGGAUUGUGGAAUGGGAAACCAGUAGAGGUUAUCAAGCAGAAAAGUCUACGCAGCUACGUAAAUCGCAGAGCGACGAUAUUUAG